UGGGUUCUGCCUUAUGUUCGGCUGACCACUGUGGACGGGCAUUGUGAAAGAAAAAAAUCCCCCAGACCUGCGAGGGAUGCAGCAAGUCCAGUUUCCAUGGUGACAAAGGCAAAAGCACUGAUUAUCGGGUGUUCAGACGGAAAACAACAAAAGGAGAAGGAUGGAGACGCCACGGCGUUUGGGCCGGUCUGAUCCAGACCCGUCCGUCCUCAUCUGGUGGAAAACAGGUGAUAACGAGUCAAUCUCCAGAGGUUUCUUUCUGUUCACCACAGAGAAACUGUCAUUGCACAACCCAGCCAGUCGUCAUGGAGACGCACACAUCCAUGACGGAUGGCGAAAUGGACCCGUGCAGGAUUCUUCACACAUCAGAGGGAAGCGGCUGCUCUGCAACCUUGUUUUCACCUUCAGCGUGCGAAUCGUCUGACGGAGCUUCAGCUUUCACCACCGUCGGCGUUCGGCUCAACCUGUUGAUGCAUUCUGGGAAAAAAGGCAGAGGCGAAAACUGGAAGGAAGUAAUGAGGAUCUGUCAGUGUGAGCUGAGGAUGGACUGAGGAUUAAAAUCUGUAUUCAAAUUAAACAGAAGAACCACGUUGUUAGUAGAACGUCCUGUACCUUCAACACCUAACAACGAUGAAACCGUUAAUAAGUAACUAUAUUUACUGAGUUGGGGACAAUCCAGAGUUUCCUCACCAAAUCAUCAGUUCUUGGCUCUUCUUUCUUACAACACGCCUCCUAUAAUCUGACAGGUCGACUCAUAUUCCUCUUCGUCCAGAUUCCUGGCUCUUCCUCUCAAUCCACAGGAUUUCUUCACAAUUUGUUUCUGGGACUGAAAUGAAACAUUUUGUGUUUAGUAUCAAAGCUCAUCAUGUUUUUGUGUUUCAAGGAGAAAAACUGAGCCCACAGCAUCCUGACUCCUCCACCGUACAGGACCAGUUUGUCCCCAUGUCCGUCCUUCAUGCCAGGCUCUUGGCUUGAACUCAGUAUAAACUGUGUGACGUUCCCGCUGCCAGGAGAAGGUCCGGAGCAGCAGCUCCUCAAGCCCAACGAAUGGAGCUACUGCGAUUAUUUCUGGGCCGACAGGAAGGACCCGCAGGGGGCCGCCCACGUCACGGGCUUCGAGGUUCUGCUGCAGAAGCAGCUGAAGGGGAAACAGCUGCAGAAGGAGAUGGCUGAGUUCAUCCACGAGAGGAUAAAGAUUGAGGAAGAAUACGCCAAAAACCUGUCCAAGCUGUCGCUGAGUCCGCUGGCAGCGCAGGAGGAAGGGACUCUGGGAGAGGCCUGGACUCAGCUGAAGAAGAGCCUCCAUGAUGAAGCUGAAGUUCAUCUCAAGUUCUCCAAUAAGCUGCACACGGAGGUAGAGAAACCGUUGCUGACGUUCAGAGGCGACAACUUCAAGAAGGACCUGAAGAAGUACGACCACCACAUCGCCGACCUGAGGAAGCAGCUGGCCAGCCGCUUCGCCGGCGUGGAAAAGGCUCGUAAAGCCCUGGCAGACCGGCAGAAGGAUCUGGAGGUGAAGACGCAGCAGCUAGAGGUCAAACUCAGCAAUAAGACAGAGGAGGACAUUAAAAAGGCGAGACGGAAAUCCACACAAGCAGGAGAUGAUCUGAUGCGAUGUCUGGAUCUCUACAAUCAGACUCAGUCCAAGUGGUUUGAGGAAAUGGUCACAACCAGCAUGGAGCUGGAGAAGCUGGAGGUGGAGCGGGUCGAAUGGGUUCAGCAGCACCUGCGUCAGUACACCACCCUGCGGCACGAAACAGACAUGUUCAACCAGAGCACGGUGGAGCCGGUGGACCAGCUGCUGCAGAGCAUGGAUCCAGCCAAAGACAGGGAGCUGUGGGUGAAAGAGAACAAAACCGGCGAGGUUCGGCCUGUGGAUCUGGACAUUUAGGCGGCCCAGACCCGGAUACCUGCUCUCAGUGUCACCGGGUCCCGGGAAGUCUGAGAGCGGCCCGGUCGGCGGACGGUGCAUGUGCAGCCUGCUGAGCUCUGACAUUAAUCACGACGAGGGAAGAUCGAACGCAGUCCUGGAAAACAAACGGAUCAAAGAACCAGCAUGUUCCUCCUAAACCUCAGCCGUCAUUAAAGCAUUAGCUUACUGAAUGCCAUAUAGAUUACUCUGCUGUUUACCUGUUGUAAAUUAUAUAUAUAUGAAAAUAAUCUAUGUUCUUUAAAAUCUUAAAUUUAGCUUCAAUCAACUUGUUUCCAUUUUGUGCUAACCAAAAAGAAAAGAAAGCUACAGUCUUAUUGUGGACGUUAACUUUAUUUUAGAUACAGAUUCUGAAACUGAAUGAGGUAUGAUGAUGAAUAUAUUUUCAUAUUUCUUCCUGGUUCAUUUCGGUGGAAAUGCAUGUUUAACCCUCCAUGCGCUCAUGAUGGUGGUUUUGAUGUUGCCCAUUGAAUUUGCACAAGGUGAUGUGUGUUUUUAAUUUAAUUUUUCUACAACAGAAACGUUCAGCAUUAAUAUUCAGCCUCCUCACAUGUUCACAGCGUCCAGCGUUUGGAACGGAAAUUCAACUCCCAACAUCAAAUUCAGGCCCGGGUCCGAUUGGGAUCCAGUCUGCAGGAAAAGGUGGUCCAAGUUACACGAAACACCUUUUAGUGCCUCUCAGUUUCUAUACCUGGAAUGUUCUUGAUAUAUUCUCUGCAUCAGUGUACAUUUGUAGAUACUGGUUAGAUGUAUUUUGCUGUGAAACGUUUUGACAGAUCUGCAGAUGUUCAGGCAGCCGAGGUGUUUCCACUCUACAGUACAACGUUGUUUAUUUUUGGUAAAUGUGCAGGGAAUAUUUGUACGGUGGUGUUCAGCAGCAGAAAGCUAAAUUGAUCAAUUUGUGUGCUGAUCAACAGAUGAUUCAAUUAUGCAUUUCUAGAUUGGGUGGAUCCAGUUGCAGCACCAAGCCAGACGAAGCCCAUCAGAUCCCCGUCUGCAUGACGAGUCAGUGUUUCCGUGUGCAUUUCUCUGUGUCGUCUUCACAUUUCCUCUGGUCUCUAUGUCUUCGGUUUAUUUGCUCAUUUAAUUCAACUGCAAGGCACUAAAAAUAUUUUGAUGAAAGAUAAAUGUAAACUAAUGUUUUAAGUAUAAAUUUUUAUUCUUAGUUUUGUGAAGAAGAGGAAAACGAUCCUGUUUUCAUCCCACCUGGCUACAUGUUCAGGCUUCGGCAGUGUAUUUGUUGUAGAGGUUUCAUCGUCGUGCGUCAGUGUUGUGCACUAAAUGUUGUUGCGUUCCAACUAAAUGUUCCUGAUAGGAGUUUGAUGAUGACGUAACGGUUGACCUAACUGGCCUGUGUGGUGACUGUUUACAUUAAAUCCAGUGUUUUCAGAAUGUUUUGAUCAUACGUGACCUCUGUCCCGAUCGUGAACCGAGGAAUGCAGUGUACAAAAUAAAUCUCUUCUCUGAAAAUUAAA